UGUAGCAUUUGUCUAUUACUAUACAUCUUUCAGCAUGGCCGCCUCCUGUGAGGAUGGCACGAUGUCCACUGUCAAACACUCGAAAACUGUCAAUUUCGCGGACCUCAAGCUAAACAAGUGGAUAAUCGACCAGCUAGAGACAUUAGGUAUCAGUAAACCUUCACCAAUCCAGGAGAACUGCAUUCCUGCCAUUCUGAACGGCAAGGACUGCAUAGGAUGCGCAAAAACUGGCAGCGGAAAAACGCUCGCAUUCGCAUUGCCGAUUCUUCAAAAGCUUUUCGAGGAUCCGUACGGGAUCUUCGCCCUCAUCUUGACUCCAACUCGUGAGCUGGCCUUUCAGAUAUGCGACCAAUUCAAGGUUGUCGGCAAAGCGGUCGGCUUGAAGGAAUGUGUCAUCGUUGGAGGAAUGGACAUGGUGGCACAGGGGCAGGUCUUGGCCGAGAGUCCACAUGUUGUCGUGGCCACACCAGGACGAUUGGCUGACCACCUAGAAAGCUGCAACACGUUCACGCUCAAAAGGAUUCGUUUCCUGGUGUUAGAUGAAGCAGACAGGCUGCUUGAAGGUCAUUUUAAUGAACAGCUUAAGACCAUAUUUGCUGCACUGCCAAAGAAGAGGCAAACACUGCUGUUCAGUGCUACCAUCACGGCCACCUUAGAAGAACUUCGCAGUGUUGCCAUGACUGACCCCUUCUUCUACACGGCCCCUGCUGAUGUGGUGACAGUCGAAGAACUCGACCAGCGCUACGUCCUGAUGCCAGUUUCUGUACGAGAAGCUUACUUGGUGCACAUACUGAAGAGGUUUCUCGACUCCAUGCCCAAGGGAUCAGUCAUUAUCUUCACAGGCACUUGCAAGGGAUGUCAGGUGCUCUCGAUCGCCUUGAAGUCUCUCGGCUUUCCAAACGCACCACUGCAUUCGCAGAUGCCACAGAGAGAACGACUCGCUUCACUGAACAUGUUCAAGUCGAAUACAACUCGUGUGCUGGUGGCCACCGAUGUCGCUAGUAGAGGUUUGGACAUUCCAUCCGUGGAACUGGUUCUCAACCACAACGUGCCUUCGGCACCCAAGGACUAUGUGCAUCGUGUGGGUCGUACAGCCCGUGCUGGUCGUGGGGGAAAGGCAAUCACUCUCGUGACGCAACAUGAUGUUCACCUGGUGGAAGCCAUUGAGGCACUCAUCAAGACUAAGCUUGCGCUUCAGCCUACGAAAGAGUCCGAAGUGCUGAAGAUCCUGACACAAGUGUCGGUGGCAUUACGUGAGGCCGAGAUUCGCCUAGACGAGCAGGACUUUGAGGAGCGCAAAUUGAUCAAUUGGCGCAAGAAGCUCAUCCUACAGGGACUCGAUCCAGACGAAGUGGAGGCCAAGAAGCGCAAGAAGCAACAGCAGCGACUCCUUCAAAGGAAACGGAAAGGGAGGAGACUAGCUGAAGGGAAAGGAGCUCAGAGACAAGAAGAGUCUUUAGAGACGUAGGCGAAACUAAAAUUAAUUGCAUCUGUUGUAAAUAA